CUCCUUUUCAUGGUCACGCUUAUAAGUCCUCUGCUUGGACAACGCAUGGGCAAUGUCUGCUGCUGUGAGACUUAUCAGAGGAAGAAUGCUGACCCUUAGGAUAACUCUAGCAGCCUUUUUACUCUUCAUCCUAACAUCUCAAUGUUCAACAGCAAAUGAUGCCCAAUUCUCACUCACCAACAAGGCCACGGGGUUUUGUUUGCUGAAAAAAUUCAACCGCUGCCUUGACAUCCGCUGGACGACGGGUAAUCGGCUUUUCGCUGUCGCAUCCAAAAAGUGCCUGGGGGCGCAGGGCAAAACUGUGGGGAGUGAAGUGAACCUCUACGACUGUGAUGACAAGACUGACCUCCAGAAGUGGGAAUGCAGGAACAACACGCUGCUCGCCCUCAAAGGCAAAGAGCUCUACAUUGGAGUCAAAGCUGAUGAAUCAAUUGCUCUCACCAAAACGGUUGGGCCAAAUAACCACCUCACAAUCACUGGGACAACCAGCGGUGCUUGCACAAGAACAUACAGAGAAUUGUACACCAUUGGAGGAAAUUCAUUUGGUAAGAUCUGCACAUUUCCCUUCUUCUACAAAGACCGCUGGUUUGGAGAUUGCACCACGUUCGACUCCUCACAAAAGCGUCUCUGGUGUGCAGUGGAGACAAAAUAUGAACACGAACUGUGGGGAUACUGCCCGACUACUUCCAGAGAUCACUGGACGAAAUACCUCGUAACAGGAACAUAUUACCAAAUCAACACACAGUCAGCUCUGACAUGGCCUCAGGCCGAAGUCAGCUGCAAACAGCAGGGCGCCACCCUGGUCAGUAUCUACGAACCAAAUGAGCAGGCUUUCAUCGCAGCACUACUAGGAGAGGGGAAAUAUAAACUUUGGAUUGGAGUGGUUCUGGACCCAGAACAUGGCUGGCAGUGGAGUAAUGGGAAGCCUUUCCGUUACUUGAGAUGGAGUACUGGAAACCCACUUCCUAAUCCAGGACACAACUGUGCAUUUCUUGACACUGCCGAGCAGCAUUCUUGGCAAAGUUCCUCCUGCAUGAAGAAACUGGGCUACAUCUGCUACAAAGACAUGGUCACACCAACUCCAACACUAACUGAGCAAGGGUUUUGUUCAAGCCCAUGGAUUCCCUACAAUGGCCACUGCUUCCACCUGCAGCGUUCUCUUCAAACAUGGUCUAAUGCUCAGAUAGAGUGCCGCAAAGAGCGAGGAGACCUAGUGAGCAUUCGCAAUGUGGAGGACCAAAGCUUUGUCAUCUCUCAACUUGGAUACGCAUCCAGUGAUGAGCUUUGGAUUGGACUAAAUGACAGGAGGACAGAGGGGUUUUUCGACUGGAGUGACUAUUCUGCUGUCAGCUUCACCAGCUGGGAGUAUGGGAAACCUGCUGUGUCCACUGAUGGAGAAGACUGUGUUCUCAUCAAGGGGGAGAAGGGGAACUGGGCGGAUCGCUCGUGUGAUGAGAAACACGGCUUUAUCUGUAUGAAGCAGAGUGACACUGAACGCACUGGAGAAGAAGUGGAUCUGGACAUAGGCUGCAAAGCGGGUUGGAAAAGACAUGGUUCCUACUGCUACUUUGUAGGAAGUGAGACAAAGACUUUUGAUGAAGCCAAAGAUGAAUGCAAGAGCUCAGACUCCUACUUAGCUGAUGUUUCAAAUGGGGUGGACAACGCCUUCCUUGUCAGCUUGGUGGGGUUGAGACCAGAGAAAUACUUCUGGUUAGGGCUGUCAAACCAGAAAAACAUUGAUGAAUUUGUGUGGACCAACACAGACUCAGUGAGGUUCACUCACUGGAACACUGAGAUGCCAGGUUACAGAGAGGGUUGUGUUGCCAUGACAACUGGGGUUUUGGCCGGACUUUGGGAUCUGCUGCCCUGCACCAACCAGGAGAAAUACAUCUGCAAACACCUGGCAGAGGGGGCAGUUUUAACCGUCCCACCACCGACUCAAAUUCCUCCUAAGUGUGCAGACGGUUGGACUCGAUCAGGAACAAGAAACAUCUGCUCUAAGUUUUUUACAGGGCCCCGUUCAGAUGAGAAGACCUGGUAUGAGGCAAGGGAUUACUGCAGGGCCAUUGGAGGAGAUCUGCUCAGCAUCCACAGCUCUGCUGAACUAUUAGUGGGACGUUAUGGAAAAGCCUGGAUUGGACUUCAUGUUCCUGAUCCAAGUACUGGUUAUGCAUGGAGCGAUGGAUCCCCAUUAAACUUCCAGCACUGGCAGGAAGGAGAGCCAAACAAUUUUAACAAUGCGGAAUCUUGUGCUGAAUUCAGAAUAAAUAGCUGGGAUGAAUCCGGGUCUUGGAACGAUGUGAACUGUGAGACUUACAAUGACUGGCUGUGUCAGAUCCGUGCAGGAGUGAUUCCAAAACUCCCUCCAAAUGCCACAGCAGUGGACUACAAUACCACUUCAGAUGGUUGGCUUGAGUGGAGAGGAAAUCAGUAUUACAUUAACAGAGUGGCAAUGCCCAUGGAAGAUGCUCGUAAUUUCUGUCAGAAGAAGCAUGGUGACUUGGUAUCUAUCAGCAGUAAAGAUGAAAAUAACUUCUUAUGGAAACAGAUUUCUAGAAGCUAUGGGCAAUAUUAUAUAGGUUUGUCUGUGGAUCUUGACGGGUCAUUUUGGUGGAUGGAUGGUACUUCAGUGGGACUGCAAAGAUGGGAAGAAAAUCAACCGAAUACAAAUACCUUUGAUGAGAACUGUGUUACUAUGACUUAUUAUAUGGGCUUCUGGCGCACACGUAACUGUGGCCAAGAUAACCAGUCCUUUUGUAAACGAGCACACUCAACACCUGCCAACACCACUGCAGCCCCCACAGUUCCCCCUAAAGGUGGCUGCCCACUCAAGUGGAAGCAAUUUGACUCAAAGUGUUACAGUAUCAACAGUGUCCGGAGGACCACCUGGGAAGAAUCAAGGAGUCAGUGCAUUACCAUUGGAGGAAAUUUAGUCUCAGUUCCGACAAGACGUGUGCAAGCAUUUCUAACCACCUUACUGGCAGCAGUAGGAACAGACGUGUGGAUAGGUUUGAAUAGUAUAAAACAAGAUGGUUUUUACUGGACUGAUGGAAAGCCAAGGCGAUAUACCAACUGGGGAUAUUCUAAACAACAGCGUAUUCCUGGGAACUUUUAUCAAAGAUGGAAUGAGGAAGACUGUGUUGUGAUGAACAGCAAUCCUUCCCUUGGCACUGGUAAAUGGUUGAUUAGGUCUUGCAAUGACACCAAGGGAUUUGUCUGUCAUCGAAAUCUUGACCCAAAUUCCGUAGCUCAACCAACAAUAGUUCACAAUUACUACGUAACUCUAGGAAAUGACAGCAUCAAGGCUUUGACUCAAAAUCUGACCUGGGACAAUGCCAAGAAACACUGUGAAGGUGAUAAAGCCAACCUGGUGAGCCUACGAAAUGAAUGGACACAGGCCUAUGUUGAGCUGCUGGCUAUGAAUCUCAAAUCUCCCCUGUGGAUUGGACUGAACAAGCAGCAGACUGGGGGUUAUUUUAGGUAUAUUGAUGGCUGGCAGAUGAACAUUGCCAAUUGGGCUGAAGGAGAACCAAGCAGUGACCUACCUUGCGUGUACAUGGAUGUGGAAGGAAAAUGGAGGACUGCUCUCUGCAAUCAGACCAUGAACAGUGUUUGUAUGCAGUCUACAGAUGUGCCACCAACAGAGUCAACCACUUUCCCAGGAAUUUGCCCUGAUGAGACAAGUUCAGAGUACCACCAGAGUUUUUCUUGGCUGCCAUUUAAGGGCCAUUGUUAUUUGUUUAUCACGGAGGAAGUUGAAUGGGCAAAUGCAGCUAGCAGCUGUGUACGGCAUGGCGGUAUCUUGACUAGCAUAGAAGAUCCUUCUGAGCAACAAUUCCUCAGAAGCAACUUGGAAAUAUUUCAAAAUAGCCACACAUCAUUCUGGAUCGGACUGUAUAAAACUCAUAAAGGGACAUGGAUGUGGUUGGAUAGAACAGUCUUAGACUACACUAACUGGGCUGCAGAUGAGCCCGAUUCUGACUUUGGAAAUAUCGCAACCCAAGAUGGGACUUGGCAGUCAGGACACAGAUGGCACGAUAGACCAUUCAUCUGUAAAACUCCUAAAGUGAUUUUCCAAGAUUCAGAUAUUAAACCUGAACCUCAUGGAGGUCAGGAUCCUCGCAGUCGCGCCCACACAACGUUGGUUGUUGUAGUGAUCAUUGCUUUCGUGUCUUCGCUGAUAGCAAUUCAAGUCUUCCUCUACAAGAAGUUUCCUCGUCUCAUACCCACCUUUGAAAAUCCACUAUACUUCAACAGUGAACGAUCUCAGCCAGAUGUAGUGGACACCAAUAAACUGAUAGAGAAUGCAGAGGAAGAAAUCCCUGAGCCUAUUAUAGCUCUGUGAUUCAUAAAGUAACAGAAUCUAGUGGGGCAUAUACCCUAUAGUGUAUCUCACAAUGAUGUAUUACACAUUGAUGCUUCAUUUAUGUUUUUGCUAUUGUUGGUUUUUUUUACAAUAUACAUUCUAUAUUGACUUAUUUAACAGUAUGUCACUAAGUGUGAGUUUCAGUGGAGUUGGCGAUGUCUAACCUCAUGGAACAGAAUUUAGGCUCUAGGAUGUCUCAAUGGGAAUGAUUAGUAUUUUACUUUUUCUUUUUUAUCUAUGACUGGAUGUAUAGAAUUGUCAUGUUAUGCUUAUGCCCACUAGAUGCUGUUCAUUGCUUGUACUUGAAAUGUGCAAAAAUAUCAGCCUGUCACUGUUAAAUGAACAUUAAUCUUGGCACAAAACAAUAAAUGUUCAUUUUGCGAGUUGUUUCCUAUUGCAUACAAUGUCUAAUUAAAUUAAAUAAAUAAAUUCACUUUGUCUUGUC